AGGCAUUCACGGACCUCAACUCUGACAGCAUUUUCUCAAAUCAGGCACCUUGGAGCCAACAUCUUUACAGUUUCUUAGAAGUAUUCCUUUCUCAUUGAACACAAAUACCAACUAAAAUCCAGAAGAUUUGUUCCUCUGGGUGGCUCAUAGUAGCUCGCCAACCAGGUCCUUUUCUCAAGCAACAUGCAAAAUAUCCCCGGCUAUUACUUUGGUCAGUACUAUGGCUCCUUGACAGACCAAAACAAUCUGACAAUAGCCAUCCAGACGUAGAAAAGAACAGAUACUUCAAAGAACAAAAAGGCGCCCCUGCAGAAAAAGCCUUUAGUUCACAUGACAUCAAGAGACGGAAAUUGAGAGACGAGUAUAGCUCCCUGUCAGAUGCUUCCGCAAACUCUCGACGAGCUAAGAUCAUCGAGACCUCCAUAUCUGGCGGCUUUCUUUCAAGAGAGCUAGGUCUUGGAAACCAUCCUAAAGUUCCCGAGAUCUUCGCCGCAGGCUUGAAGCCUUCAAGGAACGUUUAUGAAUUCGAUAGUAGUUUGGAAGUUGAUGACGCUGUAUUCGAUGUAGAAUAUCGAGAAAACAAGACUGUAGCAGGUUCAGCAACUGUGGAGUGUCGAAUAGGUAGGUCAAUCAAAUUUAACAUCUCCCUAAACAGAACAACACACCGUUGGAUUGGCACCACCUAUCACGCGCCAACUAGUAUGUCGAAGUGUCGACGGCAAGUGGUAGCGAAAAACCAGAGCAGACAUACUUUUUUAAGUAUUUCCUUAUGUUCUUGUUCUCUGUGUGAAAACAUAAGAAACAUAUUGUUCUGUCUAAACUCCAAUUUAGUCUUAUUAACUAACAUAUGGUAGCUUAUAAUAGCGGCAUGGUGCGCAGCUACUGGCGAGAUCAAGUCUCGAGGUUUGACUUCAAAAUGGGAAGGAGAAGUUCGACUUAUCUCCACGGCCAUGAUGGAACACCAUCGUCGAUGAGCUCAAAUGAGGAGUGCUCCCGCCACCUCACAACUGUGAUGACUGACAAUGGUCUGGCUGGCAUGGUUAUAAUUUCUCUGAGGGGCCCCAAUCGAGAACAAACUGAAGGUGAUGGCACUUCCAAUCUAUAUCUUUUUGAGCCUAAAACUGACGAAGGCUAAGAUCAGCACCCAAUUAUGAUGGCGGGCCCGGGGAAUAGUCGUGGAAAUCACACGAAUGUUUUCUCUUCAGCACCUGCCAACAACAACCCUUCAAGUAAGGAUAUCUACAACUUUCCCUUUGAUUUGAUUCACCUUUCCCCCUAUGGUUCCGAUACUCCUUCUCCGCACAUCGGAAUGUGACUAGUCUCAAAACCUAAUGAAAUUCUUCUAUGCAGUAUAUUUUGCCUGCGGCACUUCUCAUGGAAUACUCUCCAUAGACAAAAACCUCAGCCCAUCCUGGAUAACACCCUCCAAAGAUCCUGACACCGGAAGAGUCCCCGAGAGCUGCCCCAAAGAUAUCUUCGCACUGCAAUUUCUCUCCGAGGCGCCUUCUGUACUUCUUUCCGGUGGACGCGAAGGCUUACUACAAAUCAGUGAUAUGCGCGUUCCUCAUCCCUUCCAGGACAAUAUUGAUUACAUCUACCACCCAAGUACCAUCGCACAUAUUAAGCAGCUUGACACCCAUAGGAUUAUAGUCGCAGGUCUCAACUCCAGUUUAUGCCAGUAUGACUUGCGUUACCGUGGAAAAGACAACCUCAAGCGCGUUCCCGUGAACAUUCAGAAUCGUUUCCAGCAGGUGGGCAACUACCAUCGAUACGCCACAAGGCCAAUUGUGGAGUAUCCAGAGUAUUUCAAUAUUGCCACUAUUCGCUGUGGGUUUGACGUCGACAUAGCUUCUGGUAUUGUUGCAGCAUCACAGGUAAGUCAGCCCCUGGAACAGUGAUCAAUCAUCUCAAAUACUCCCACCAACAUCUCCAAACCUCCUACCCUUGUCACUCUCCACUCCUGACCUCUGUGUGACCAUCAAUUCCAAAUUCCUUCUCCCAAAGGAAAAGAAAAUAAACUAAUACGAUAACACCAGGAACAAGACGAACAGCACCCCGCGAUCCAACUGUUUUCCCUUGACGGCGGCCACGUUUUGAAAAGUGCGUUACAGACUGAUCCACACACUCGACCAAAUCGCAAUUAUGAUGGAGAUCAUAUCAGGUGUUUAAGAUUUGCAAGGGAUACGGAGAACGGGAUGAAGAGUCUUUAUUUUAUGACCAAGGAUCAGAUACACCAUUAUUCUUGGGAACACCUUGGGUGUGAUGAAGCGUAGGAGUGUUAGUCUUUGUUGAUGAUUUGGGCUGUGUUUGGUCUCUGGGUGUCUCAGGGAACGGUGUGGGGAUUGUACUGUACUGUACUGUGUUGUAUGUUUGCUUUUCGCGGCUGUGAUAGGGCGUUGGUAG